CCAAGACCAAGAUGGAGGAUCCAAAGCCGCUGUACAUGUGCAGAUAGGAAUUGAAAUGUGAAGAUUCCCGGUAUAAAAGGCCACGAAGAGGAACGGAAAUAAGAGAAAUUAAUUAUUUCCUGCCCCUGGAAUAGUCAAGGAGUGUGUGUGCUGGGAGGACCUGAGCCACUUCCACCCCAUCCCUCCCUGACACACACACACACACACACACACCCCAGACACCCCUAAACACCCCAGAACACACCCACACCCCCUUUCUUACUCUUCCACCCCUCUCCCCCCACCAUGAACAUCCCCCUCCCAGAUGAGAUACCCCUGCCUGGGGGGGUGGGCAGCCGACAGGGCCCCCCACCCCCUAUUCUCCGAGGCGGCCCUCUCAUACCCCGCCCUCCACAGCCCCCCCCACAGAUCAUGCUGCCCCCUGGACCCCCACCAAACCUCUCCCUGCCCCCCCCUGUUUUUUCACACCCACCCCCGUUCCUUGGCCCCCCUCCCCCGCGUCAUCCUGGCCCUGUGCCUCUGUUCAGCAGGAUGCCGGGCACUGCGGGGGGCCAGAUGUUCCCCACCCCCCCUGCCGAGAGGUACUCUCCCAGCCGUGUCACAGCUGAUGAUGAUGAUGCUACCCCCACCCCCAGCCUGAGCCACCCUCCACCCACCCCAGCCCUCACCAAGCCUCCUCCAGUACCCCUCCCCACCACCACCACUACCACCACCACCAGCGAUGCAACAGCCCCAUCUACCUCAGCCGGCCCACCCCCUGGCCCGACCCCCUCCCUGACAGUGGCCCCCCCCACGGCAAGCAAGACGGGGGUGACCAAGCUGCUGGGGAGUAAAGAGGCCAAGAAAAGAUUGCUGGCGUUUUCUGGCAAGACAAUGAAAGUUUCCUCGUUCACCCUGACAAAAACGCCACGUCCAGCUGCCAACUCUGCCCUGCCGGGGGACGACGACGUGAAGAAGGGCCUCGCGCCGACCCCCGGGGGCACAGGCGGGGCAAAGAAGAAGAAGAAGGAGGAGAAAGUAUCAAUAAUUGAACAGAUUCGCGACGAGGAAUCCAGACUGAAACAGGCGCUGGGUUUAAAGAACAUAAUUUUCAACCCUUACGGUCCUGGCCUGGCCCCGAUUGCCAAGCUGCUGGACAACCCCGAGGAGCUGAAGCGCUUUGAGACCAAGGGCCGCACCAUGAAGGUCCGGCUGGAGGAGUACGAGGCUCGGCAGAACAGAAACAAGGAACAGCGGCGCAGGGACAGGCCGGAGAGGGUCGACAGAAUGGACCGCCCCAGGGCAAAGGAGAAGGACAGACGCACGGACGCACAGGCCACGCAGGACGCCAAGGCCCCAUCGGAUGCCUCGGGGAAGGACGAGCCCCGGAAACGGCCCCGCAGAGUGCCAAAAUCGUGGAAGGAAUUUAAGAGUGAAAAAUUUGACUUUGAGCUUCUGAGACAAGUGCGGCGCGACCAGAUGAGGAGGCAGAACCGCGGGGCACGGGGUGGGGCGGUGUUCAAGGACCCCAAGAUGAUGUAUCCUAUCCGCGCCAAGGGCCUCGGCGGCUCGGACAAGGAGUACCCGGCCAGCUUGGUCCGCUACACCAAUGCCAGACCAAGCAUAUCGUUUGCAAUCAACUCCGCUAAAUUCCGCGCCCAUUUCUUCUCCCGCACUGAAAUCCGCCACUACCAGCCAGAGGAGUGGAGCGCCCUGGAGGCCUUCUGGUCCGCUCCAUCCACCCACCUGCCCCCAUCGCCGCCCCGUGCACAGAAAUGCUGGUACCUCCACGUUGACAACUGGCCAGAGGAAGUAAGGACAGUACCUUGUGUCCCUGCCUCUGCUACCCCACCCCCUGCCCCGCCCCCUGCCCCAGCCCCCUCCCCGCUCCCUCUGAAGCCCCCCACACGCAAGUCAGCCAAGUCCAAGUGGGAUUCGGACACAGAAGAGCAAGUGGAGGGACAGAAGAGAGGGGAGAGAGAGAGGAGGAAGGAGGAAGAGGAGGAGGAGGAGGAGGAGAGGAAGGAAAAUAAAAAUAUAAUCAAGAAUUUGGAGGAAGAGGAAGACCAGGAGGUACAGGUGAAGGAAGAGGAGGAAGAGAAGACUAUCCCAGAGAAGAUGAAGGAAGAGGAGGAAGAGGAGGAGGAGGAGGAAGAGAAGAGUGAGGCAAAGGUCUUCCCUGAUUGUUUGACUGAAGAAUAUGAAGCUUUCCUUAUGAUGGUGGAUGGAGGAGGAGGAGGAGAGAAGAAAGAGGAGGAAGAGGAAGAGGAGGAGGAGGAGGAGGAAGGAAGAUGCAAGAGGAACGUCACAUCACUAUAUAAAGAAGAGGAGGAAGACUACAUGAAAAUCGAAGAAGAGAAGGAGGAAAGAAGAAGAAAGAGGAUGAGAGAGGAGGAGGAGGAAGAGGAAGAGGAGAAGAAGGAACAGAAGACCCUGGAGAAGAUGGAGAAGAAGAGGAAGAAGCAAAUGAAGAAGGAGAAGAGGAGGCAAAAGAAACUGGAAAAGAAAGCAAAGAAGAAAGCGAAGAAGGAGAUGAAGAAGAAGAGGAAGGAGAAAGAGAGGAAGAGGGUCAAGAGGAGGAGGAAGAGCAGUGAUAGUUCAGUAUCCUCCCCUGUACAAAUGGAGGAGGAGGAGGAAGAGGAAGAGGAGGAGGAGAGAAGACUUACAAGAGACAAGAGGAAGAGGAGACAAGAAUGGACUGCAAUAAGUGGCAGAGAGGAGGAGGAAGAGGAGGAAGAAGAGGAGGAGGAUAAACGCAUCACCUCGAGGAAGAAGAAAGAGGAGGAGGAGGAAGAGGAAGAGGAACAAGAAGAGGGUAGAAGAUUCAGCAGACACUCAGAUAAUGAUGAAAGCCCUUCUUAUACUCCACCAAGAAGACUGCAAGAACAGGAGAAGGAAGAGGAGGAGGAAGAGGAAGAAGAGGAGGAAGAGGAGCCACCUUCCCCAGUAUCCUCCCCUGAGCUUCCCAUGGGGCGGGGCUACAGGGAAGGGGCGGAGAGGAGAGCUCAAAUCUGGGAGUGUGAGUCGGUUGGGGCCGAUAGCAAGGAGUCGUCAAGGGAGUCGUCGCCAAAACGGGGCAGAACCGGGGCACUCCGGGUCACCCCAGGGUCAGGGAGGAGCUACCCGGCCAGCGACACGUCUGGGUACUAUGACCUGACCCCGGACUCCUCCAGCGGGGCAUCCGGGGCAAAGACAUUCAAUUUGGAGGAUAUUCCGUACCCUACCAGAGAGAGCGAGAGGUACAGCCCCUCCAACAUGUCCCUCUCCUCCUCCUCCUCUGCCCCGCCCACCCCGCCCCACCCCACCCCAGACACCCUGGACGCCAUCCCCAUCCCCCCACCCACCCCAGACCUCACCAACAUCCCCAUGCCGCCCGUCACCUUCACCAUCACCCCGCCAGCCCCCAUCCCCAGGCCCAAGGAGGACCCCCUGCCGAGACCCAAGCCCCCGGUCCCGCUUCCUCCCAUGGCAGCCGCCCCACUGCCCCCCUUCUCCGUCCCCUUGCCCUGCCCCACGCCCGCCCCCCUGCCAGCAGCACCCAGCCCUGCCUCCAGGGAUGAGUCCCCACCAGCCUCUCCACCCCGGGAGGUGCCCCCCAUCGUGCUGCUGUCCCCCGCCGCCAUCCCCAUCCCCACCUCCCGCCUGGACGCCCCGCCCCGCCCCGCCUCCCCCAGGCCUGCCUCGCCUCACCAGGAGAAGACUCACUGGGUAGAGAAGAAGGGGGAGGGGGUUGAGGCUGGGGUGGGGGGAGGAGGAGGCCUGCGCCCCGCCCGCCCCGGCCCAAUCACCUUCAGGCUUGGGGCGAAGGGUGCGCUGCGGCUGCCCCGCCCCGACCUGAAGGGCUUCCUGCCCCAGGAGGAGGAGGAGGAGGAGGAGGCGCGGGUGCCCCCCGGGGGACACGACAGCGGCGACGACGAGCCCCCCAUCCUGCACCCCCCGGCCCCCGAGCCCCGCCCCACCCACCACCAGCCACACCAGUCCCCACCGCAGUCUCCGUCCCCCGCACCACACCAGGAGCACCUACCCCAGGACUGCCUGCCCCGCCCCCACCAGACACCGCCCCCGGCCUCCCCUGUCCAGAGAGAGCGCGCCCCUCACAGGUCCCGCUCACGCUCCCCCCGCCGCCUGCCCCGUGCCAGGUCCCCCGUCACGCGCCACAAGUCCCCGCCCCGCCCCAGCCCCACCAAGGACCGUUCACCCCCCAGGGACUCCUCCAGCGAGAGGGGGCGCUCACCCCGUCCCCGCCGCCCCCAGGCCAGGACCCGCUCACCACCCCGCAGCAGGACGCCCCCGCCCAGGACCCGCUCCCCAGUCCCCCGCGGCAAGAGCCCCACCAGGGGCAGGACACCUCCCCGGGGCCGCUCCCCCGUGCGUGCCCGCAGCCCCUACAAGAACCGGUCCCCGCCCCCCCGGGCACGCUCUCCUCCCAAGGCUAAGUCCCCGGGGCGCGGCCGCUCCCCCCACCGUGCUGCCUCCCCCAUGCACAGCCGUUCACCACCGCGGGGAGCCAGUCCCCCCGGGGGCCGGGGCCGAGUCUCUCCCAAGCUGCGGUCGCCACGCCGCACCCGUGACUCUCGCUCCCGCAGCUGGUCCCCCCGGCGCCGCAGGAAGGCUGGCGGCGGCGGCAGCCCUGAGGCGCGGCGUGGCAGGCGGGGCGGCAGGCUGGCCAAGACCCCGCCCCGUCAGGCCAAGGGGGCCAGGGAGCGCCGCUCUCCCCCGCCUCGCCGCUACCACAGCCCCACCUCUCCUUCUCCCCCACCCCGGGAGGAGCGCUAUGCCCCACACCACGGCCCCAGCCCCCCGCGCCGCUCCCCCUCCCGUAGCCCAGCCCGCUCCUACCACCACGGCCCACACACCCCAGAGCGCCCCCCAGAUGCUGGCCGCUUCCCUGCUUCACCGCCCGACGGCUACUCAGGGCGCGGCGGCCGCCACACCCCCGAGGGCUCCCCGCCCCCAGACCAUCGCCAGUACCACAUCCCCGUGGGGCAGUACCGCAGCAGCAUCAGUCCUCCCUUCUCCCGCAGCCCCCCGUGGAGCCCCGGUGGGGGGCGCCGCGCCAGCCCCACGGGGUGGCGCAGUCCACGCUACCAGCACCAGCACCACCACCACUACACUCCCCCGCCCCGUGACCGCUGGAGCCCCCAGCGCUCCCCACGCCGUGCUACCCGCUCCCCGGGGCGCCGCUCACCACCCCCAGGCCGCCGUGCCUCCCCGGGGCGGGGCCGCUCACCCCCCAGCCGCUCCCCACGCCACUCCCCGCGCCGUUCCCCAGGGCUGAGGUCCCCCCGCCGCUCCCCCUCCCCACGGGGUGAGGUGUACCCCUACGAGCGGCGGGGCUGGGGCGGGGCAGCCUGGGAGUGGGAAGCGUCCCACCACCACCACCACAGCCCCAAGGCAGAGCAGGGGGAGGUGCGGUACAGAAGGGGCAGCGCAGGGGACAGUGCCCCCCUCAAGACAGACGCUGACUCCACCAUCAGCGACUCAGAGCUGCCCUCUGCCGCGCCCCCGGCUCCCCCUCGUCCCCCGCCCGCCCCAACACCCAUUCCCCAGCAGCCCGACCCAGUCCUGCGCCGGCCAGAGACGCUGCAACACCCCCAUCGCCACGGGGGGGGGUCACCACGCCGCCCCACGCUGGACGAGAGGCUGCGCCGUGAGCACGGCGUGCACCUCCAGCAGCAGCAGCAGCAGCAACAGCAGCAGCAGCAGCAGCAGCAGCAGCAGCAGGUGUACAGCUGGCCCUAUCCUCCACAGCCACAGCAGUUCCAGUACCCUUAUGAUGCAGCCGAGGGGACUGACGCCACCACCACCGCCGCCACCGCCACCACCACCACUGCCACCACCGCCACAACAAGGGUUAUUCAAGUUGGGAACAUGCUUCAGGUGUUGCCCCAAGAUGCCUCAACCCCGCAGCCCCACUCCCCCAUGAUAGUGCAGGCAGGGAAUGUCAUACAGGUUGUUCCAGCUGACAACAUGCAGGUGUUAGGGGCAGAGGUUGUUGGAGUUGGUGGAGUCAUGCAAGUGGUCGGGGUCCCAGGCUCUCCCCCGACCCCCUCUCCAGUCCCUGCCCCCACCCAGACCCCUGCCCCAGCCAUCCCUCUCCCUGUGACCCCUGCCCAGUCAUCCCUCACCCCCUCCUGCCCCCCUGCGGUGCUGCCAGGGGGGGUGACGGGAGGUGGAGGUGGGCCACACACACCUGGGUUACCUGUGGCUCGGCUUAUCUCCCUCCUCCAGCAGCAAAUCCCGAGGAUCAACGAGGACAUGGUGGACCCAGAGAUUGCAGCAGCAGCAAGAGAGAGAGAGAAGCAAGAGAGGAGGGAGAGGAAGGAGAGGAGGAGGAGAGAGAGGGAGGCCAGGAGGGAGGCACGUCAGAGAGAGAGGGAGAGGAAGAGGUUGAUUCUAUUACAACAACAACUGCAACAACAACAACAGUUAGCCAAUGAGGAGGGGGAGGGGCCGUCCUCUGAUGCUGAGGAUGAGGUAUUGUUCAGGGAGGCCAUGUCGGAGGUGCCGGUGGUGGGGUCGCCAGUUCCAGAGUACGAGGUGGAGGAGGAAGAGGAAGAGGAGGACGAGGAGGAGGCACGGAUGAGGAAGAAGAAAAGAUUAUUACCUGUAGCUCUCCCUCCAGCUGAUAAGGGGAUAUUAAUGAGCCCUUCCUACAGGUCAAGAGAUGAUUACCGGCCCAAGGCAGUGAAGUUUGCAGAUGGGGUGCUGCCAGGGGAGGGGACGUCACCCAGUGGAGGGGAGGAGAUCCACUCCCCACCACCCCCUACCCCCACCACCACCACCACUGCCACUACCACCACUGCCACCAGGAAGAAAGAGAAGAAGUUUAGAAAGAAGAGAAAGGUUAAAGUGAAGCUGAUCAAGCUGUAUACAGGAGACAAGGAUGGCAGCCACUCUCCCCCGCCCCCUCCAGGGUCACCGCCCCCCUUCACUGCACUGAAGUUGUACCCAGGCUACACCCACUACACCUUCACAGCUCCCAGCACUGCAGUUAUAUACACACAGCCUUCCCCACAGCAAUAUGCUUACAACCAAGUGGCAGCCAUUCCUGGGGGGGUCGUGGUGGCCAACCGGGGGGGAGCAACGACCCCCACCAACCCCCCCACAGGGAUGUUCAGUUAUCCUGGGUAUGUGUACACCACCCUCUACUCCCCUUCCCCCUCCCCUGCCCAGCCCACCUCCCUCCAGUAUAUUCUUCCAGCAGCAACAGCAGCAGCAGCAGCAGGAGCAGGAGGAGGAGGAGGAGGUGGAGGAGGAGGAGGAGGGGCCAGGAGGAAGGAGGAGUGAGGAAGAAGAAGAGGAGAAAGAGGAAGAAGGAUUGUCAGCAAGAGAAGAGGAAGAGGAGGAGGAGAGGAAUAAGGAAGAGAAUGACUUGAUAUUUCUCUCUCUCUCUCUCUCUCUCUCUCUCUCUCUCUCUCUCUCUCUCUCUCUCUCUCUCUCUCUCUCUCUCUCUCUCUCUCUCUCUCUCUCUCUCUCUGUCUGUGUGUAAGAUAAAAUUAAUUAUUCUUUAUUAUUAUUAUUAUUAUUAUUAUUAUUAUUAUUAUUAUUAUUAUUAUUAAAGAGCAAAUAGAAUAGAGAAGAAUAAAGUUAAGAAUUUUGUUAUUAUUAUUAUUAUUAUUAUUGUUAUUAUUAUUAUUAUUAUUAUUAUUAUUAUUAUACAUUUGUUUCCUUGUAUAUAAAUAAAAUUGUAAUUGUGA